AUGUCAAUCAAUGGGUAUCGUCUCCCUAGCUUAAUACAGUCGCAAGCUCGGACCUUGUCUCGAAUCGAUGCCGCGAACUCCUAUCGCUGUCGCGUACAUCGAACAAUCUGCCAUCAUGCUCAACGACCGCGACGCGUCGCAGCUCCGGAGCCAGUGCCGGGCCUCAAUUACGGACAGCGACGUUAUGCGAAAAGCAAGUCAACAGUCAAGCUGAAGGACCUCCCUCAGGGUGCCGUGAAGUUGAAAUCUUAUCAUGAGGUUGUUGACGAAGGUCCCCGAUACCCUACUGCCCUUCAGGAGCAUCGGAAUAACAUGCACAAGUUCAAGAACUGUGUUGUUUUGACAAGGGUCGGAGGCUUCUACGAGCUUUACUUUGAGCAAGCUGAAGAGCUAGCCCCGUUGCUCAACAUAAAACUCGCUUCGAAAAGGACCAGCGCCGGCCCCGUUCCCAUGGCUGGGUUCCCGUUCUUCCAGCUCGAUCGGUUUCUGAAGAUCCUUGUCCAAGACUUGAACAAAUAUGUUGCAAUCAGCGAGCAAUUUGAACAUGGCGCGGAGAGCAAGGGUCCCGGUGAGCUGCUUUUCGCUCGAAAGGUAGCACGAGUCAUCACGCCGGGCACAUUGAUCGAUGAAAAGUUCAUGGAUCCGUCGGAAAAUAACUUUCUGAUGGCUAUCUACCUCAAUCCAUCAGGCAUAGAGAGCUGGCCAAGCAAUAAUGACGACUCUCCGCAUCAGCAUAUCCUCACAUCCACGUCACAAAACGUAGGCUUGGCCUGGUUAGACCUCUCCACGGGCGAUUUCUAUACUCAAGUCACCUCGGCGCAAAUGCUUUCGUCAGCAAUCGCAAGAAUAGGUGCUCGAGAAAUUAUUGUUGAUCAACGCCUUCAAGACUCAAUCGGACAAGAGCUCCAGCUGCUGCUUGGUCAUGAGCAACGACUGAUGACCUUUUUCCCUUUCCCUGAGAAGGCAUCGCCAAUCUCGGAAUGGACAGCCAUGCUGGAAGCGCCGCUUCCAUCCAAGACAAUCGACGCAUUCACGGAUGAAGAGGUCGCUGCGGGGUUCAGUCUACUGGAGUACAUACGUGUGCAAUUGCAGGGUCUUAACAUGAAGCUUCAGCCGCCUCGUCGGCGACAUUUGGAUGAAUCAAUGAACGUCGACCGCAACAGUCUUAGAGGUCUCGAAAUCCUUGAAUCGGCUCGCGACGGCGUUGGAAAGGGUAGUCUCCUCCAUGCUGUCCGACGUACGUCAACCAAAAGCGGGGCACGUCUUCUCCGAGAUCGCCUUACGUCUCCUUCGACUUCAUUACCGGUGAUAAAUGAGCGAUUGGAUUUGGUUUCUGUUUUCAUCGAGGAUAGUGAAGCCCGGGACAUGUUGAUACAACUAUUGAAGCGCAGCUAUGACGCCCAACGCCUGGUUCAGAAGUUUACCUUAGGCCGGGGAGAUCCAGAUGACUUGAUAUGCCUAUCAAGGGCCAUAGAGGCUUCGAAGGAGGUGAAGAGAGUACUAUCAAACAAGAACUUUGAUGAGACGAGCGAACAUACCUCCGAGGCUUCUCGACGAUCUCUCCGGACAAUGAUCAACCGGCUGUAUCUGGACGGACCUACCGUUCUAGCCGACAAAAUCUUGUCCGCUAUUGACGAGGAAGGUUUGCUCCAAAAGCAACGCAUUGAAGACGACACAGCCACAGAGGCUGCCGUGUUGGCCCAGGAAGUCGCUCUGAGCGAAGGAUCCCCGGGAGAUCUGGAGAGUCUGCCGAAGAAAGUCAGGGCCAAGGGCAGCGAUCGCUCAGCCCUAGCAGACGAUCCUUCAGUAAUUGAUACUUGGAUCAUGCGGCAGGAUGCCAGCCCCGCGCUUCAAGAACUCCACCGCACACUAGAGGAGCUACUAGAUGAGAAAUCGAACUUAACCCAGCAUCUCCGUGAAUCAGUUGGAUCCGCCGCCCUGACGCUAAAGUGGACGCCAGGUCUAGGGCACAUCUGCCAUGUCAAGGGAGCCAAGGUCUCACAGGCGCAGCUGGAAGAGCUUGGGGUGACAAGGAACGUCUCCGCAACCAAAUCAACCAGGUCGUUCUACCUUCCCGCAUGGACCGAGCUCGGAGCGCGAAUGGACCAAGUAAAACUCCAAAUCCGCAAAGAAGAACAAGCAAUCUUCGAGAGCUUGCGCCGCGAGGUCAUCUUGAACCUAGUAAAGAUCCGCCGCAACGCGGCCGUAAUGGACGAACUCGAUGUCGCAUGCUCCUUCGCCACUCUCGCCGAAGAACAGCAACUCAUCCGCCCAAUUCUCACUCAAGGGACAAGCCACAAGAUCGUCGGUGGACGACACCCAACCGUCAAACUCGGGCUCGAAGAACAAGGCCGCCGCUUCGUAAGCAACGACUGCUUCAUUGGUGACGCCGAGCGCAUCUGGCUCAUCACAGGCCCCAAUAUGGCAGGGAAAAGCACAUUCCUCCGGCAGAACGCCCUGAUCACGAUCCUCGCCCAGGUCGGCUCGUUCGUGCCCGCCGAUUACGCGGAAAUCGGUAUCGUCGACCAGAUCUUCAGCCGCAUCGGCGCGGCCGACGACCUAUUCCGCGACCAGUCAACGUUCAUGGUCGAGAUGCUCGAGACGGCUGCGAUCCUGAAACAGGCGACGCCACGGUCGUUCGUGAUCAUGGACGAGGUCGGGCGCGGAACGACGCCAGAAGACGGGACGGCUGUUAGCUAUGCGUGUCUGCACCAUCUGCAUUAUCGCAAUCAGUGCCGGACGCUGUUUGCCACACAUUUCCAUGCUCUCGCUGAUAUGACAGCGGAUUUUCCCGCCUUGGGGAGGUACUGCACGGAUGUGAAGGAGUUCGCCGAGGGCUCGUUUUCGUUCGUCCAUAAGCUUCGCAAGGGUGUGAAUCGGGAAUCGCAUGCUCUGAAAGUCGCGCGGCUGGCGGGUUUGCCUAGAGAGACGCUCGAUCUGGCGCAGACUGUGCGUAACAGUAUUCGCGGCGAAACUCCUCCGCUCAGUGCGUCUGUUGUCUCGUCAUAA